UUUCUACCCUAAAAACACAUUGGUUUCAAAUAUUUUUAACCAAAUAAUGUCAACAUUAACUCAAGCAUCAAGUUUCUUGUGCUACCAAAGGGCAAGAACAAUCACAAGGGCAAGCAUCCGAGUGCCCAAAAAACUCACUACAGACCCUCUAAAUCUUCCUAAGCUCCCCUCACAGGUUGUUUUGUCUGUAGAUCAAGAAAUAAACCAAAACCCUAAAACAAACACCAAAGAAACCGAUGCGACAGCCGUUGAGAAGCUUUACCUGAUCAUGGAGGCAGUGGCUGAUAGGGUGGAGAUGCACAAGAACAUCGGAGAGCAAAGAAACAACUGGAACAGCCUGCUCUUGACAUCUAUAAACGCCAUCACACUUUCGGCUGCAAUCAUGGCUGCAAUUGCUGCUACAAGUGUUGCAUAUGGUGCAUCUGUGGAGGUACCCAAGUUUUCUUCUAGCUUCAUGUACGUUGCUGUCACUGGCAUGUUAAUUAUUAUGAACAAGAUUCAGCCAUCCCAAUUGGCUGAAGAACAAAGAAACGCUGCUAGGUUAUUGAAGCAACUCCAUGGUCAUAUCCAGACAAAAAUAGCUAUUUCUAACCCAACCCAAGAUGAUGUAGAUGAAGCCAUGGAGGAAGUUUUAGCCAUUGAUAGAGCCUACCCACUUCCUUUACUUGGUGUUAUGCUUGAAAAGUUUCCGUCAAAGGUACAAGCGGCGGUUUGGUGGCCGGAAAAACGAAGUAAUCCGGUAAAAGGGAAGGAUAGUAAAAAUGGUUGGAAUGAGGGUUUGGAAGAUGAAAUGAAAGAAAUUGCUAGGGUUUUGGAGAAUAAGGAUAAAGCUGAUUACUUGAGGCUUGAUGAGAAGUUCUUGAUGUUUAACAAAGUGUUGGCUUUAUCGGGUCCAUUGCUAACAGGUUUUGGCGCGAUUGGUUCGGCUUUUCUUGGAUCUUCUCAUCAUUCUUGGGCUGCAGUGGCUGGAGUUAUGUGUGGGGUGGUGGCAAGUGUGGUAAAUAGUAUCGAGCAUGGAGGACAGGUUGGGAUGGUGGUGGAAAUGUACCGGAGCAAUGCCGGAUUCUUUGGAAUGGUGGAGGAAUCCAUAGAACUGAAUUUGAAGGAAGGGGAUGUUGAGAAAAGAGAGGAUGGAGAGUUGUUUGAGAUGAAGUUGGCUUUGCAGCUUGGAAGAAGUGUACAAGAACUUAGAGAUCUUGCUGCUUCCUCCACCAAAAAUGAAAAAGAAAUGAAAGAGUUUGGAAGCAAGUUAUUCUAGUCCUUGUAUUGUUGUUAUAGAUUAAAUGAUGUUUUUAUUUUUGUAAUUUCAUCAUUAGUAGUUGUAUAUAUAUUAUGUGUGGAGGUUGAUGGAAUAAAUUUCCAUGUUAAUAAAAUGACAUUAUGAUUUGAAUUUGACAGUUUA